AUGGAUAGGUUACUUGAGCUGGUACCAGCUCCUCAUACCCGUCUGCCCAUCACCCUCCAGAGUAUUGCGCAGCUGUUCUUGCCACCUUUCUUGUUCUACUAUGUCACAGCGGUGCUGGUGUUAAUUCCAGGGACUCUCUACGCUCGCUUAGCGUUGUUGCCGUUAACUUUGUGGAGCGCAUUCAGAGCGUCUACCAAGCUCGACUUUGCGAAGCAGUUCGAGGAUGAAAGGUUUAUCUAUUUGAACCACGGGCUUCUGUUGAUGAUGACCACCUUGGCUUUGCGAGCCGUCGUCUGGUCAUUUGAAUUCAAGCCAUAUUACAGACUCACAAAGUCGGGAAAGCCCAAGAAGCAGCCUCUCCCAUUCCCUGAGAUCCUCAGUGACGCCUUUGACCUUAUGUUCAACUUGCGAGGUCUUCGUUGGAAUUGGUCUGAAGGACUCUUCAUCCCAAAGGAAACCCGGCCCACCCAUUCACGACUCCAAUUCUGCUGGGCCACGUUCAAGAGCAUGGUUACCACCAUGGUCGUAUUCGACGCUAUGCACUACGCAGUGCAACAGCUCGGUCCUGAUACAUUCGCUACGGCUGAAGGCGGUUCCAUCUAUGACCCCUCAUUGCCCCUCGUUCACCGCUACCUCCUCUCCACAUUGGUCACCUUCCUCGCCGGUUUCGCAGUCGUUGCAGGAAUACAAUACGGCUACCUUGCAAUUACCCUCGUAGGCGUCGGGAUCCUUCAAAAUGAUCCCGAGUCCUGGCCACCCGCGUUUGACAAACCAUGGGUUGCAACCUCGCUUAACGAAUUCUGGGCUAAACGGUGGCACCAGUCCUUCCGCGACAUCUUCGUUGGCGUCGGGUCCAAACCAUUGCAUUACUUCCUCGGCAAACCCGGAAUCGUACUUGGUGCGUUUUUGGUGUCCGGGGUUCUACACGUGUUCGGUUUGUGGGGAAUGGGGAGGGGAACAGAGUUUUGGACUGUGGCAGGAUACUUCUUGUUGAUGGGUCUUGGGAUCGUCUUGGAACAUAUCUACAAGAAUAUCACUGGGAAGAGAGUGCAGGGUCUAGUUGGGUGGAUAUGGACUCUGGCAUGGGUUGUUGGAUGGGGCAACCUUUUGGUUGAUGCGUGGUUCAGGAAGGGUUUGGGAGGCAGUGCAUUCUUUGGGGCUGAGGAGUUUAGGCCUGUUACGAUUAUGCGCAAGGUGGUCGGUCUGGGGUUGCACGCGAUUCAAGGGUCUGCUUAGAUGUAUUAUCUUGUCAUAUUACUUACCCGCUCGACAUUUACUUAUAGAGUACGGCAGUGCCCAGAUACACUGUCCUAUUGGAAACAACAAAUCUUCGACCUGAAA